UGUUGUAUUGAGAUAAACUCGAAUUUCGCUGGCAUAUCAGUUGGGGAUGUGGUCGGUUGUGCAUUCGCCGGCUUUAUCACUAAAACUCGAACAUACGAAACUCUUCUCAGCAUUCGCAGACCUCCAACUUCAGAAGCUGGCUGGGUAGUGUGCGUCGGAAUACCAUGGGCAGCGGAUCUGAGCUCCCUCUACGGAUCUGCAUGGUCUGGCUGGCCGCGGGUCUGGCGACUGGCGAGGUACUUCGAUGCUUUGAGUGCACCGAUCUGGAGACGUCGUGCGGCUCUGCUGAUAAUUCGCCGGGAAGAGUGCGGGAAUGUCCGAACUCAACCAUGUGCUCGACCAAUAUGCUGACCACGAUGAUAAAUGGAAAUGAGUGGAUCAGGGUGAGGAGAGGCUGUGCCCAGCAGGUUGACCUGUACUUCGUCUAUAUUGGAAAGCAUUGGGUGCAGAAGUAUCGAGUGAAGGACAUACCGGAGGGGUGCAAGAGGGAGAACGGAAAGAUGAACUGCAACUGCCGUGGACAUCUGUGCAAUUCCGGAAGUCAUUCGCCAUCAAGCUUCCGGUUGCCGUUCGUGCUUAUCUUACUGGCACUGGCCUUUGGCAAAAUCCUUCUUCCCGUCUAGUCGGCGACACUUUUUGGGGUGUGUACUCGGGUAUAUGUAUGUAUGUACGAAUAGGAACUGCCAGUGCCCGGAACUCUCGAGGUCACAAAUAUAGUUUUAAGCA